CAUGGUCCCACCUGAACUCAUCACUACAGGCUUCAGUUAAUCGAUUGCUUUGCCCAUCUGACUCUCAACGGAAUAUACCUAGACUAUAAUUACACAGCAGUCUGAAGAAGCCAAGUUUUGGUCACAUUCAAUGGCUUCUCGCAUGUCCUUCCAGUCCGGGCGCUUCGUCGCUUCGGCCUCAAGACUUAGUCCUUUCACAUCCUCCUCUCUGGCUUCUCGAAGCAGUCGUUUCUAUUCUUCACAACCACCAAAGCCCCGUCGCAAUGACGAGGUCAAGUUUUGGCCUUUCGUGGUCGUCAUUUUGGUGGGAACAGGAGGCUAUGUUGCCCUUGUCAAUCGACGUAAUGGACGGAUACACAACCCAGAUCCUCACAAAAAGUUCACAUCAUCAUUCUAAUGUCUCCGUUCUGUUGGUUCAAAAAGGUCACUGCAGUCAAUAAAACAUGUACAAUAUAAUAACAAACUGCCCCUUACACACCUCCUUCA